GUAAAUGGCUAUAUAUAAAUGGUGUAAAUUUAAGCUCAAUUUCACUUCAAGGUACACAUACUGAAGUUGUGUUUUGCAAUACUGAAGGUGUGAUAAUGGUCGUAAGGGAAUUGACAUUUGUGGUGUGUUUUUGGACUGUCUGUACUGCUGGGCAUGAAUUCUUCUCAUCAACAGAUCAAAUUGCACAGCUUGUUGAGAAGAAGAAAGACCUACUGAUGAGCUUUAGUCAGUAUAUUGAUGCUGAAGAAAAGAAUGUAGAGACGAUGAAGAGUGUUUAUCUGGAUCUUCUGCUUUCAUACUCCGACCCUGUGGACCCUGAGGAAAUCAUAAGCGACCCAGUGGCAGCUUACAAACUCCUCAGACAACUGAGAAAUGAAUUAAUAAAUAUUGUAAAACACAUUCAACCAAGUUUUUAUCAAUGCAACAAGUAUCAGGAUGAGUUGGAGCUUCUAGAGAUCCCACAGCUGAAGGACUUGGAUGGUGCUGCUUCAGGGCUGAUCAGACUGCAAGAGAUCUACAAACUCUACCCAAAAGACAUAAUGAAGGAAAUGUUGUUAAGUGCAGACGAAGCUUACCAUGUGGGGUUGGUCGCUUAUGACGAAGACAAAUUCCAGCAUGCCUUUCUCUGGUUUUGGUACAGUCUGGACAGAUUAACAGAAUACUCAACCACUACGGAGAAAGAGUUGUUACUUUAUCUUAUUUCCUCAGCCUAUCAUUUCGGCAGCCUACCUGUGGCAAUCUACUUCAACAAACAGCUUUUAAACCUCGAUCCAACUGAUGAAGAAGUCAGAGAUCAGCUGAACAGACUCCUUCGCUUCCAGAGAAAAUCUAACCCUGACAUAUUCACACUGAACACAGAGUCAAGAAACUAUGCGAAACUGUGCAGAGGAGAGCUUGACAAGAGGACAUCCAAGAGGCAGAGGGCGCUGUCCUGUAGGUACAGCACAGGUGGAGGAAACCCCAGACUGAUGUACCCACCAUUGAAAGAGGAAGUGGAGUGGGACGAUCCUCGAAUCAUCAGAUAUCAUGACAUUAUUUCAGACAGAGAGAUAGAGAUCCUGAAGAAUAUCUCCAGACCUCUACUUUCUAGAUCGAAGGUUUAUCAAGAUGGAUGGGAUACAGUCUCACAAGACCGUGUUUCUCAAAGUGUUUUUCUACAAGAUGACCCUGUGGCUACUCGUGUCAGUCAGAGGAUUGCAGACGCUACUGGACUCUCCAUGGAAACAGCUGAAUCACUGCUUGUUCAGAAUUAUGGGAUUGGUGGCAGAUUUGAACCACAUUAUGAUGCACUGGAGACAGGAGUGAAUGACAGGAUUGCUACAUUCCUAAUUUAUAUGAGUGAUGUGGGGAUGGGGGGCGCCACCGUCUUCCCUGACAUCGGAGUUGCAACGAAGCCAAAAAAGGGUUCAGCAGUGUUUUGGUACAACCUCCACAAGAAUGGUGAACUGGAUUUGAAUACACGCCAUGCAGGAUGCCCUGUGUUAGUGGGUAACAAAUGGGUGGCUAACAAAUGGAUCCAUGAGUUUGGACAGGAAUUCAAGAGGCCCUGUUCUUUGUCAGAAUGGGAGUGAAAGACUCUACAUGAUAUUUGCAUUUGUAUUAUGUAUAUAUACCACAGACAAUUCAUGUGAAAGUUGUACUUUUGUGUCUGCCAUGCAAGUUCAGUACGAUCAGGGUUAGGGUUAGUUUUUUAAUGCUUUACAAUGAAUAUUUACAGUAUGUCUUCAUCACAUCUUGCAUGCAAAAUAAAUAUAAAAUCUUGACUUCUCUUCAAAAUUGAGUUGCUCUGAUUUUCUAUUUGUAACUCUUGUGUGUGACGCAUAUGAAGUUUGGGCACUGAUUGCAAAUUAGUUUUAG